GUUUUAUAUCAGAGUGUUAACUUGUUCAUUAAUUGCAUUUAAAAAAAUCUUUAGAGGUUUUUUAUUUAUAAAGUCAAAAUCUCAGUUAGGAAGUUAUUUUGGUUUAUUUUUCAAACUUUCUUCAUAUCAGUUUAAUUUUAGAAUAACAAAACUUUAUGGUUAUAACCUUCCAAUAUAAAUUGAAAUUUUGUUUGUCAUUAUACUGUUGAAGUAGAAAAAGUAGAUGCAAGUUUGGUAAAGUUUCAUUUACUUUAAUUCAUUCAAUAGCAAAUAAAAGGACUUUUUAACAUGUCAUCCGUAUUGUGCCCUGAGAUUCCUGCUCCAGGAUUUUCAUUUGAAAACUGCAAACGUAAUACUUUAUUGCAAAGGAAAGGUCUUGUUUUACCAAAAGCCACAAAAACUGGUACUACAAUUGUAGGUAUUACCAUCAAAGAUGGAAUUGUUCUUGGUGCUGAUACAAGAGCAACUGAAGAUACAACUGUUGCCGACAAGAAUUGCGAAAAAAUUCAUUAUAUAUCACCCAAUAUCUAUUGCUGUGGUGCUGGUACAGCAGCUGAUACAGAAAUGGUCACCCAACUUAUUUCUUCAAAGCUGGCUCUCCACCAAUUAUACACUAAUCGACAAGUGAGAGUAUGUACAGCUAAUACGAUGCUGAAACAAUAUUUGUUCCGCUACCAAGGUUAUGUUGGUGCUGCCCUUAUCCUUGGUGGAGUUGAUACAACCGGUCCUCACCUACAUCAAAUUUAUCCACAUGGCUCCACUGACAAAUUGCCUUUUACAACUAUGGGCUCUGGUUCUUUGGCAGCAAUGGCUGUAUUUGAAUCACGUUGGAAGCCAGAUAUGUCAGAGGAAGAAGGCAUUCAGCUAGUGAGGGAUGCUAUCGCAGCUGGUAUCUUUAACGAUCUUGGAUCAGGUAGUAAUGUUGAUGUUUGUGUUAUAAAGAAAUCAGGAGUAGAUUAUAAAAGAACAUAUGAAGAAGCCAAUAAGAAAGGUACUAGACAGAAUUCUUACCGUUACCCUAGGGGAUGCACAGCUGUUCUUUCUACUAAAGUACACAACAUUGAUGUUGAAACUACAGUCCAACAUAUUGAGCCCAUGGAUAUUGCUUAAAUGGAUUGAGUUAAUUAUAAGUUUUUCAUUAAUUUUGUGGUAAUUAACUAUAAUUCUACAAUAAAAACUUUAUUCCAAA